CCAGCUAGGCAGCUAGUAGCAGGCAGCCCGCUCCAGCUCCACUAAUCGCUCAGCUUGGCGCCACGAAAACCACCACGCCUCCGCACCAGUCGCCGUCGGGCUCCAAUGCAAUCCAUGGCUCCGGCUGCCGCUCCUCCCGCGGCGCCUCUCCUCCUCCCGCGCCGCGCCGCAUCCGCGCGCGCCAGGGCCGCCUCCCUCGUCGCCGUCAGGGCCCAGCCGGACACCACCUCCGUCGCCUCCACCUCCGCACCCGACCCGCCGCCGGAUUUCAAGCCGCCGCAGGGGUUCAAGCCGCCCGAGCCCAAGAAGUUCGCGGUCAAGGAGGGGCAGCAGGGCAGCGUCCUCGGCGCCUCGCUCGCCAUCCCCCUCCGCCUCGGCACCGGCGUCUUCGUCCUGGGGUACUCGCCGUCACUUGUUUCUCCGUCAGAGAUACCAUCAGACCAGUACGCUCUGGAAUUCGGAGCUUGGAAGGUGAAGGAGGAAUCAAAGAUAGGACAGUGCAAACGACCAGAAAAGCCUAUUGAGAUUUAUGAAUUUGAAGGUUGUCCGUUUUGUCGAAAGGUCAGGGAGAUGGUAUCCGUCUUGGACCUAGAUGUAUUGUUUUACCCUUGUCCUCAAAAAGGCCCAACAUUCUGUCCUAAAGUCCUCGAGAUGGGUGGAAAGAAACAAUUUCCUUACAUGGUGGAUCCAAACACAGGGGUAGCCAUGUAUGAAUCAGAUGAUAUCAUAAAAUACCUGGCUGACACAUAUGGUGAUGGAACCGUUCCAAUCAUGCUGUCGCUUGGUCUGUUGACAGCAAUCACGGCAGGGCUUGCUACACUUGGUCGUGUUGGAAAGGGAAAUUCCUAUACUGCUUCAAAAGUUCCACCUCAGCCGAUAGAGAUAUGGGCAUAUGAGGGAUCUCCCUUCUGCAAAUUAGUACGAGAGACCCUCGUUGAGUUGGAAUUGCCACAUUUGCUACACAGCUGCGCGCGUGGCAGCCCCAAGCGCCAGGAAUUUUUCAAGAAAAUGGGAACUUUCCAGGCGCCUUACAUCGAAGAUCCGAACACUGGAGUCAAGAUGUUCGAAAGCGCUGAAAUCAUAAACUACCUGAAGGCAACAUAUGCCAUUUAUCCAAGCUCGUAGUGCUAGUACCUGCCAUAUCUCAAGUGCUCAUAUGUAAUCUUGUGUAGAUCGUCUAAUUUUGUUCUUUAGAAAAAGAAUUAGGAAAGAAAUGUGAGCCUCAAAUUAUGUAUGAUGCACAGCCGAUUUUAUCUAUGCAGAGUUUGAACUCUGAAGUGAUAUUGGAAAUUAUAUGUUCUUCCUGUCAAUAAAAGAAAAGAUAUAGCGAGUGAUGUUGCUUUCCAAAAA